UUGGUUUUUUUGUUUUUAAGUUUUUCGCUUUUAUUCGGGGAAGUGUGAUUUUCUGGAAAUUCAAUUUUAGUCAGUUGUAUCUUUGUUAAUUCAAAAAAGUUACACUUCUACUGUACUUUAGGGUUUUUAUGAUGGCAAGUUUCGUUUUGAUUAGCUUUUCUGGUGCAAAAGAAGAUUGGGUUUGGAAUUUGGGUAGUAUUUUAUGAGGAACUGGGAUUCUGAGUCUCCUAUGCGGAGAGAUUGAGUACUUUUAAGUGCUUUGGGAAAGCUGUAGUGAAUGGGGCAACAUGAGGAAUGGGCAGAGCCCGGUAGGCUUUUGCCAAAUGGGCUAUUGGCCAAUGCUGCACCGAUGAUCCGAGUUCUGGACUCAGAGAGGUGGUUGAAGGCAGAGGAGCGCACUGCAGAGCUUAUAUCCUGCAUUCAGCCCACCCGACCAUCUGAGCAACGCAGAAAUGCAGUAGCUGAUUAUGUCCAGCGACUUAUCAUGAAGUGCUUCCCUUGUCAGGUUUUUACUUUUGGGUCUAUGCCCUUGAAGACUUAUCUACCUGAUGGGGAUAUUGACUUAACAGCCUUUAGUAAUAAUCAGAAUUUGAAAGAUACAUGGGCCUAUCAGGUUCGUGACAUGCUAGAGAAAGAGGAAAAGAAUGAUAAUGCUGAGUUUCAUGUUAAGGAGGUGCAAUACAUUCAGGCUGAAGUAAAGAUAAUUAAAUGUCUGGUUGAAAAUAUUGUGGUUGACAUAUCUUUUAAUCAGCUUGGUGGGUUGUGUACCCUUUGCUUCCUUGAGGAGGUUGAUCACCUGAUAAACCACAACCACUUAUUCAAGCGUAGCAUUAUUUUGAUCAAAGCAUGGUGUUAUUAUGAAAGCCGUAUACUGGGUGCUCAUCAUGGUCUUAUUUCAACUUAUGCCCUGGAGACCUUGGUUCUUUACAUAUUUCAUGUAUUCAACAAUACCUUCACUGGACCUCUUGAGGUGCUAUUCCGUUUCUUGGAGUUCUUCAGCAAAUUUGACUGGGAUAAUUUUUGUGUUAGCCUGUGGGGACCCGUACCCAUGAGGUCACUCCCUGAUGUAAUUGUGGAGCCUCCUCGCAAAGACAACGGAGAGUUACUUCUGAAAAAAUUGUUUCUUGAUGCUUGUAACUCUGUGUAUGCUGUUAAUCCUGGAGUCCAGGAAAAUCAAGGACCCCCAUUUGUUUCUAAGCAUUUUAAUGUAAUUGAUCCUUUACGGGUAAACAACAACCUUGGGCGCAGUGUGAGCAAAGGUAACUUUUUUAGGAUUCGCAGUGCAUUUUCAUUUGGUGCAAAAAGGCUGGAAAGAUUACUAGAUUGUCCUAAAGAAAAACUAACCUAUGAAGUAAAUCAGUUUUUCAUGAAUACGUGGGACAGACAUGGCACUGGCUGUCGUCCUGAUGCACCAAGAGUUGAUUUGUCGUGCUUGAAAUUGUCAGAUUUGCAUCACCAACCUGAGAAUGAAAUCUUGAGUGUCAGUACAAAUUCCAGAAUGGUAAAUGCAUCUGGUCAUGAUGUAAAGACUGAGGGAACCCAUUCACAUGUUUCUUCUCAUCCCGGUAAUCAUAUCUCUGGAAGCAUGUCCAAACCAAAUGAUUAUUCCAAUUAUACUCAAAACAAAAAAACUCAUAGAAAUUCAAAUGCCUCAAGGGUAUCAGAUCAUUCUACAAGGGAAGCUGCUUCUCGUCAGAAUGUGCUUUCUGAUGUAAGUCAUAGAACUUCGACAUCUGAUAAUUUGGUGAAAGACAUUCAGAGCAGGUUUCUCUUUGCCAGAACACGAUCUAGUCCUGAGCUAACUGACACUUAUGUUGAUAACUCCAGUCCAUUAAGGCGAACCAGAGUGCAAGAAAGUGCAAAAAUGAAUCCCACUCCAACAAGACAAGAAAAUAGUAACAGGAGGAAGAACCCUGGAUCUGAAAACACGAUAAACCACAACAUUCGAUCUUUACACGAUGACACCUCGUCUGUUAGGCAAAACCGAUCCCAUCAAAACAAUGAUACUGUGACUGAUUCCAAUAAUGGAUUGAAUACCUAUUUCCGUGAUUUUGGGUUAGACACCAUGAAUGAAGAAUUCUCAUCUACCAGUAGAACACAGGAUAUGCUUCAGGAAGAGCAGGAUCUUGUGAACCUUAUGGCUUCUCUCCAUGGUUUUAAUGGUCAAGUUCAUCUUCCCUUUAACUUAGUUUCUGCUCAGCUUCCAUUCCCCAUUUCACCCUCCUUUCUGACCUCCAUGGGAUACAGUGAACGUAGUAUACCUGGAUUGGUUCCCACAAAUAUUCCCAUGGUUGAUCCUGCAUUUUCUGAUAUGCAAUUUCAACAUAGUAUAAUAUCACCUCACUUGACCCACUAUUUUCCUGGUAUUGGGUUGAGCCCAACUUCUCAAGAUGGAAUUGACCACAACAAUGAAAAUUUUAGCUCUAUGGAUAUAAAUUCAGGUGAAGCUGAAAAUGGUUUCUGGAGAGAACAGGAUGCAGGUUCUACUUGUGGAUUUGGCCCCAAUAAUGGAAAUUUUGAAGUGCUUCAGGCAGAGGAUAAGCUACGCUCUACCCAUUCAGGUCUUACAGUUGAUCCAUCUUGGGUAAGUAGCGCCAGCAAUUCCUUGAGAGCUCAACAGAACCAUACUAAGGAAAAACGAGGGCUAAUGAGGGAAGAACGUUCUACUAAUUACCAAUUUCAGGAUAAUAGAACAAAUGACGUCUAUGUGGAAGAAAGAUUGGCUAGUUCAAGGUUGUCGUCCACUGCUCAUAGUAGUCCUCUAAGAAGUAAGAGUUCUUCUGAGAGUUCCUGGGAUGGAUCAUCAACAAAGUCCUCAAAGUCAGCAAGGGAAAGAAGGGGGAAGAAAACAGUUAUUGGUGAGUCAACAAAUGGUUAUGGAAAGGGUAAAGUAAUGUCUGAAUCUCUACCUUGUCAAAAUGAGGAUGAUUACCAGGAAUGGAAUUCAAUGAGCACUGAAUUAGCAGAACGAGGCCAAGGAUCUCAGUCUGUUGUUUCUUUGCAUGUUCCUAGGCAUCAUGUGCCUGAAUAUGAAGUUGCUCAUACAAGUGGUUCAGAAUCUAUUAUACCUAUUGCACCAAUGUUCAUAGGUACUGGUUCUCGGCAAAGAAUGACAGAUAAUUCUGGAGUCAUUGCAUUUUAUCCUACAGGGCCACCAGUUCCAUUUGUAACAAUGCUUCCUUUAUGUAACAUUCCACCUGAGACAGGUACUCCUGAUACAUCAGAAUGCCAUUUUGGAGGGGAGGAAAGCAUUGAUAAUAGUGAUUCUAGCCAUAACUUUGCCUCAUUUGAGGGACUUGACUACACUGAAGAUUUAAACCCUUCUCACUCACUUAGAGGAGCUGCUUCUGUCUUAGAAUCUGAACCGAAAUCUGAUAUUCUUCACAGUGAUUUUGCUAGCCACUGGCAAAAUUUACAGUAUGGAAGGUUUUGCCAAAACACAAGAUAUGGACCUUUGGUGUACCCUUCACCAGUGAUGGUGCCCCCUACGUAUAUGCAGGGCCAUUUCCCUUGGGAUGGUCCUGGAAGACCAAUUUCAGCAAACAUGAACCUCUUUACUCAACUCAUGAGCUACAGUCCUCGUCUAGUUCCUGUUGCACCCAUCCAGUCUGUUACUAAUAGACCUGCAAAUAUGUUUCAGCGGUAUGUUGAUGAUAUGCCAAGAUACCGCAGUGGGACUGGAACGUACCUGCCAAAUCAUCCUAAAGUGACUGCAAGGGACCGACACUCUUCUGGUUCCAGAAGGGGAAAUUACAACUAUGAGAGAAAUGACAACCACGGAGACAGAGAUGGAAACUGGAAAGGUAGCUCGAAAACAAGAGCUUCUGGACGUAGCCACAACCGCAGCCAAACUGAGAAGUCUAACUCAAGACUGGAUUGGUUGUCUCCCAAUGAGAGCCGAGCAGACAGGACAUGGAGCUCCCAUAGAAAUGAUACAUUUGCUUCAUACCAGUCUCAGCGUGCUAAUUCAGAUAUUAGUGGUGUUCCAGAUGUUGCAUAUGGCAUGUAUCCGUUUACUGCAAUGAAUCCCACAGGAGUAUCUUCUAAUGGGCCAACUGUGCCCCCGCUUGUGAUGCUGUAUCCAUUUGACAAUCCCAGUUAUUGCUCACAUGGAGAACAGCUUGAGUUCGGCUCUUUGGGACCAGUGGGUGUCUCAGGCUUGAGUGAACAACCCCAGCUAGGUGAAGGAAGCAGACCAAGGGGGACAUUUGAUGAUUGUAGGUUUCAUGUACAACGGUCUUCACCAGAUCAGCCAUCUUCACCACUCCAUCAAAGGAGGAUAUAGUUGUUGUGGCUGAUUGGUGGACUCGUUUGAGCUGACAAAGAUUUUCACCUCUUGAAUUUCAAGCUGGAUGGUGGAAAACUGUCGUGGGGGCCUACUCUGUCAUAGCCUCAUAAGCCUUUCGUUCCAUGAUGAUAUUCGCUGGAACAUUUGGGCAUCUAGGCACAGUUGCUGCUUCAAGUUGUGCUCAUAAAUUGCGUUCUUCUGUGUAAAGCACCACCAAAUCAUGCUCAUUCUUGAGAACAGGUCAGGGAGGUUGGUGGAGGGAGAGGAGAUUCACUCAUUGUGGCAAGGUACCAUUUGUAAUAUCAGAAUCAGUAUAGUAGAACUCAUCCAAAAGUUUAGCAUCAUUUUAACUCCCAAAUUUGAUUUUCAUAGAUGGUACGGUACGGUACUAGGAUUUGAAUCACAAAAAAGAAGAAAAAAAAAUCUAUCACUGUAUUAGCAGGCACACUAUCUUAAUGUUGAUUGAUAGUAUACAAGAACUGAACUGCAAUUAAAAUUCUCAGAUGAAAAAGAAUGGUUGAAUGCAGCAGAAUUUUUUAUGCCA